AUGAGUACAAGCGCUAGCACGAGUUCCAAGGCGAACUCAGAGGCGGCAUCAGGGUCGAACGACAAAGUCAAUAUGAUAAAAGCGCUGUUGAAGCAUUUAUAUGUGGAUAGAAUCCUGCCGAUAUUGCCGAUCGAGUCAGGCUUACAAACGUAUUCACAGGUGGAAUGCGAUGAAGCAUUUGUUAGAUGCAGAUCGGUUGUGCUGGAUAUCUCGGUGAAUCAGAACCUCAACAGGGUGGUGGAGACAAAUUUGGAUACCAUUGAGAUCAUUUUGCAAGGCGAGACGAUCAUUUCUAAUAAGCUGUCGACGGAAGCCAUCCAGUCGGUCCUGGUCCUUCUCAGGUUAUUGAGCGACAACUUGGAUUACUACUGGGACAAUUUAGACUCAAGGAGGAAAGCGGCAGAGCUCGGUGAGCAAAAUGACACGCACGAAAAGCAAAACAGAUCAUUCACUGGAUCUGUUGUUGGUUAUUCGACUCACAGAUCAGGGUUUCAUGCAACUGCGCCACCACCUUUGGAUUCGGAGAUUGCUGCUAAGUUACUCGAUAUUUGUUCGAGAUUAAAAUUCAAUACAAACACUUUGAAUGUGCUUUUGGGAAUGUCGUAUCAUCUGUAUGGUAAUUCUUCAGUUGUGACUUCUAACAUUUUACCAAAUUAUCAAUAUUUUUUGAAACAAAACGAUUACCCAGAAUAUACUGUUAAGGUUGAUCGCACUUUAGAUUAUCUGUUCAGAUUUAUUGCGGCAUCAAAUCCAGUAGAAUUUUCAAGAUAUAUCCGAAUGACAGUUUUAAAACCGUUACUUGAGAAUCAUCAAAGUAUCGAAUCAAAAAUUAUUCAGCAUGUUGAAUUAUUCGGUUGCUACUAUGUUACUUCUAAAAGUCUUUUGAAAUUUUUAGAAAUGGUAAAAGGUUUAUCGAACUCAAUCAAGAAGACAAUAUACCAUUGCUAUUUACUCCUAUGUGCUUCAAAGGCUUUAAUCUUUUGGAUGUUAUCAAGACCAAGGGACUAUUGUUCUUUAAUUUAUUCCAUGAGAAGAGUUUCUACUGGAUCAACAAACAACACUCAUUCUUCUAUUGGGAAUCUAAAUUCAACAAAUUCAUCUUCUUCAAUACCGGUACAAUCACCAGUGGCAAAUCAAAUUCUAGAUUCAUCAGGUAUUAAUGCAAACGCAAUGGCGUCAUCACUUUAUCAUACCCAAACGUCAAUUAGCGGUAAUAAUAAUAGCAAUCACAAUCAGGAUCGUAAUCAUAAUCAUAAUCAUAGUCAUAAUCAUAAUCACAACCAUAACCGUAACCAUAAUAAUAAUCAUAAUAAUAAUGUUAACGAUAGCAAGACCAUCACUGGUUUGCGUAAUAAUGAUAAAAGUCAAUCUCAGUCUGCCUUCAUGGGUAAUGAACGCAGGAGCACUGCUCAAACAACGACAAUAGCGCCGAAAACGGCCAUAACAACAACAGCAACAACAGCAACAACAGCAAGUUCUUGGCAACCAUCAGAUGCAGUUAUAAAUUUGGAAUCCGAUUCAGACUAUGUUAGAUUGGUUUCACAACUUUCAAUAUCACUAUUUGAUGACAUUUAUUCAACGUUCAAUGUUUCCACCUUACUUACUACCGUGUCAAAUCAUGGGACCCCGACACCACAAACAGCAUCGUCAACAUCUCAACAGUCACAACUACUCCAGGCGUCUUUACUACAGGGUACUCCAUCAAAUGCAUUUCCAUUCUCAGGUCCAUUUUCGCCACCUUUAUCAUCUAAUAUUCCACCAUCAUCAUCAUCACCGACAAAUUUGAUUUCUUCUCCUGGUAGUGAUAAAAGUCAAAAUGUUUACCCCGAGGCAACUGCUGAAUCGACGGGAUUGUAUUCCUUAAGUUUUGAUGAUGCAUCUAGUAAUUCAACAAAAAAAAACCUCGAUACGGAGUUGAAUUUACAGUCACAACCCGAAGUACCUCAUUUUGAUAACGUUUUGGAUCUUUAUACUACUCUAGACGAAAAUGAAUCGAUUUCUCACACAGCAGUUUUGAGAUUUCUUACGACACUUUCAUUAUUGGAUGUUGAUGUUUACGCAGAAUUGAAUUCGACUUCAUUCAAAAAUAUACCGGAUGUUAAUAAAGUUGAGGAAACUAUUGAUAUGUCAGAAAUGGACGAAAAGGAAAAAAAUCAAGGUGGGAUAAAAUAUUUAGCACACGGUUUGAGAAAAUUAACAAUACUACCAUCAUCAAAAAAAAAGUGCAUCAAAUUUUUAACAAUGUUAUUGAGAAAUUUAAACGGUUCACUUUUAGUUUCAGACGUUGCAUUUUUAGACACUACAAGGGCUUUAACAUCAUUGGUGACUUUAACGGCGCCCAUUUCUCUGAUUGAUUCUGAUUUACACUGUGUCAUAUUCACAAACAGAUUAUUUCCAACCUUAUCUGCAAAUUUAAAUUUGGGCAGGAAUAGUUUUCCAGAAGCAACAUUGAAUGUUUCACUGCGUAAGAGUUUAUUGCGUAAUCCGUCUGUUUAUGGAAGAAUUCAAACAGAAUUUUUCGCUGCAGGCAUUCAAAUUGAUCAGGUACGAUUUUUAAAUCAUUUGCAGUCCGAUGAAAUUAUGAGACUUUCAAAUUUAAGAAAGAUCACUCUCUACACUGAAGGUUUUAGAGUUUUUUUUCAAUUACCGUUAACAAUGGAAUUCCUCAAAAUCACAGCCCAAAGGACUUCAGAUUUUUUUAAGAGUUUAUUUUGUUCUAUCCCUGAUACUUUAUUGAAGGCUUGCCCCUAUUUUGAAGAAGAGAUUACUGAUGUUAUUACCGCCAUUUUGGAUGGCUCCAUACUGAAAGAAAUUGGGGAGAAGAGUAUAUUCAAAGAUGGUGCGUUUUCAAUACCUUCUCCAGUUAGUUUUGGUAUACCAUCACAGAUGGUUGCAACGCAAUCAUCAUCAAGUACUAGUGGAACAGAUAAUAUUGGAACUCAAAACAUAUUACCAGUUAUAUCUAGUAGCUCAAGUUCAUCAGAGGCAAGCUCAAUCAAUAGUACAGUCAGCCCACAAGACCAACAAUUAGGAAAUUUAAUUGCACCAAGAGCUAGAAGGGUUUCAAUGGCCUCUAGUUUUAUCAAAAGAGCAUCACUACUUUCAUCACCAGGUGCUUCGGAUGUAGAAAAAUCUCAAGUUUCGCAACGUCCUCAAGUCGAGAAUAUUAUAGGUUCGGGAUCUAUGCGGAAUGCCAAGUCUCCAUUGAGUCAAAGUCGGUCGAGAAGGGCUUCUGAUGAAAGUCAUCCAAAAAUAUCGAGAUCUGUCAAUCUUGCAUCGCUUGCCAAAAGUGUACUUACAACAACAUCUGAUGAGCAGGAUGAUGCCAGAAGAAUUAUGGUUAACAUUUUUAGUAUCUUCAAAAGACUGGCAAGUUUUUUCAUUCUUCCUCAUGUCAGCAAAGUAGAUGAAGCAUGGGCAUCAACAGAUUUUAAAAAUAUUAUCAAACCCAUAUUUGUUGCCAUAAUAGAUAAUGAUAGGAGUCUACAGACAACAGCUCAAUCCUUCAUGGAUAUGCUGAUAAACUAUAUGCCAGAGUUUGAUGACGACAGUGGGUCUGACAAUGUUUGCGGUUUUUAUUUACUCAGCAGCUAUACAAUUACACUUUUCUCAACGGCAUUAUUCGAUUUGAAACUGAAAAGCUCAAAAAGAGAAGUUGUAUUAGAUAUAGUAGUGAAAUUUCUCCAGGUAAGAUCCAACCUAGCAAAAAUUUUAGACAAAUCAGAUGUAAAGGGAGACUUAUUGGAGGCUGAAAGAACUACUUUUCCAUUGAUAUCCGGAACCUUAGGAAGGGCAUUAUUUGUCUCGUUGUAUUUAGAUAAGGGAAGUGUUCAAAAACUUAUAAAAACUGCAUACUUCGAGUAUAGUCAGGCUAUUAGAUUUUAUGAAAAGUCGAUAGGCAAUUUACCUAUUGCUUUCGCAGAUAUGCUUGCAUUUGCAGAUGCAAUGUCUCAAGAUAAUUACGUUGCUUCAGGAUCUGUUGCUUUUCAAAGACGCUUACGGUUAAAUCUAUUGAAGUAUAUUAAACGUCCUGACCCCGUUCUUUUUGAUGCAAUGAAUGUCAUAUAUAGAAAAUGGCUAGAACUUUCCCGAAAUAAGGAAUUUUCACAGGAAGAAUUAGCAAAUUUCAGAAGUUUUGCAGGAAUAAUUGCGUCAAUGUGUGGCGUGUUACUUUCUAUUGAUGACGGGAGUUCCAAUAUACAGUUUCAUGAUCUGAAAAUGCACGUAGCUAAUGAAAUGAACUACUUCAUAAACAAGCAAUGUCAAUGGCUCAAUAAUGCGGACCUUCUCACCAGAGAAAAUUCGAAGGAUAUCCUGAGCACAGAGCUUCAUCCUUUAGCUUUCAAAUUAUUGUUUGCCAAUUUGAAAUCACGUUUAGACGAGUUGGAAGCUGUUGAUCUCACAGAGCCGAAAAACUCCCUCUAUUUUGUUUUACUAGAACAAAUAAUAACGAUUGUGCGAACAAUUUUGAAACGAGAUGAUGACGAACGAAUUCUACUUUUAUUCUCCUUGGAUAUUUUGGAUUUCAUCGAUCAAUUAAUUGAAACAGUCUCCAAAAUUCGUCAUAGCUCAACCAAAUUUUACAAGACGAUUAUUCAUAUGUCAAAAAUGUUUGGUUCUAUGGAGUCAGCGGAAGUUAGCUUGGGAUUUGCAGGGCAUUUUCUACUGAAGAAUAAAUGGUUGGAUUUGGUUACUGGCUGGUUUCAUCUUACAAUUGUCAAAGACUAUGAUUUUGAAAACCUCCGUAAAUCACACAGAGAAAUGGAUUUAAAGCGACGUGAUAUGGAUAUCCUAUUCAUCGACACGUUGAUUGAGUCCUCUAAAGCUCUUUCAUAUUUAACAAAGAAUCUUCCUCUUGAAGUUCCCGCAUCGGUAUCUGAAGAAGAAUUGAAACGAUCGAAGUCUGUUGUAUUUGGAAAUUUUUUCAACAUAUUGUUGAAGGGACUAGAAAAAAGUAUGGACCUGGACAAAUUUCCCGCUUCUCUCAAACAUAAAAUCACUAUUUUAAAUGAUAACGUUAUUAUAGCUUUGACCAAUCUAUCAAAUGCUAACGUCGAUGCGGGUCUGAAAAGUUACUUGCCUAUGGGAUGCUCGAAAAAUAACAACAUAAGGCUGGCUUUUCUGAAGGUUUUUGUUGAUAUUGUGAAUAAUUAUCCAACCCAUAAGAAUAAUCCAGAGCAAUCGGUAAUAGCGGGAUGCAACGAUUUACUUUUGAACCUUAUGGAGUACCCUCAGUUUGCGCUUAAAGCUAUAACAGCUUGCCCUGCUAAUGCUGUUGAUUCCCUAGCUUCAGGAUUUGUGACUGCGUUCGAUAGUCGCAAUGCUGCUCAUGUAAUCGUUUCAGCGCUUAUAGUUGAUGAAAUCAAGAAGGCGCAACGGCACAUGGAUAUUUUGAGAAGAAAUAGCGGUGCUACCAGGGCAUUGUCAUUGUUUUCAAGAUUAAAAGGAGCCAAAUAUUUAGAGCAAACUUUAACUCCAGUAUUAUUAGAAUUGGUUGAGAACGAUGACUCUUUUGAUAUAGAUUCUAAUAUGGGAAUUGACUGUUUUGUCAAAUACAUGACCAAACUAGUCGAUUCCAUUACAGAUUCUGUUCGUUACUUCCCAGUUGAACUCUUUUUCAUCUGUCAGGUUAUUUACAAGUCAGUAAAGGAGAAAGUCCCUGAUUACGCCUAUGUCGCUGUCGGAUCUUUCGUGUUUCUGAGAUUUUUUUGUCCCGCAUUAGUAAGUCCUGAAUCUGAAAAUAUAAUAAAUGUUUCACAAGUCAAGUACAAGCGUUCAUUUAUCAGCUUAGCCAAGGUUAUUCAAAGCAUAGCCAAUGGUACUGAUAAUAUAAAUAAAUGGUCGUGUUUAGCGUCACAAAAUGACUUUUUGAACGAAUGUCGAGACAGAAUUUUCAAAUUUUUGAAGGAAAUAUGCAGGACUGAUCGCAGCAUUGAUAUUCCCAUAAAUAGGGACUCUACUCCCGUGCAGUUUGAAUUUAACUUUCUGCAUAAGUUUUUGUAUCAGCAUGAAUUACACAUUAGAAGAAACAUUUUGAAUAACAUGAAGCAUUCUGAUGAGUUUGAGCUAGCAAAAUACAUCAUUUUAAUGGUGGACAAAAAUAUGGCUGUUAUAGGUCAACCAAAAGUGGAAUUCAGAAAUGAGAUCCCUGCAUAUAUUAUCGACCACAUGGAUGAAUAUCCACAGCUCUACGAAUUCAUGAGCCGACAUGCUUUUAGGAAUGUGGAUGCUAUAAACAAUCAUUCACCUUAUGUUCGCGAAUCGAUGUCACCCGACGGCCUGCCAGUGCUUACUUUAACAUUUGGUAAUUUUAAUAGUGGAGGAAUCGAUAUAGAUACUGUUGUCUACAGGACGUUUCAAAUAUAUGCUCGACUAUGGCCAGUGAAGCACUAUAUACUUUUAGACUGUACUUCGUUUGAUAACAAAGAAGUUGACGUUGUAAAGCUCACAUCGUUAUUCACUGGUCUACUUCCUCCACUUGCAAUUAGGAACUGUAAAGGUUAUUUCUACUUCAAUGUAACCGAGUCCUUCAUAAUAGCAUGGGAAGACCUGUUUGAUGCCAGUAACCCUUAUGUGUUCAACAAGGUUCCUCAUCAUUUCAUCAACAGUUAUAUGGACGCCGACUUUUCGAAAUCACUGGGCAUGUCAGGCAAAAGUCUGGAAGUUCUACAAGACGUGCGUGUUUCUUUACAUGAUAUUGCAUUGUUUGACGAAAGGUAUAAAAGAUUUACCCCAGUUUCUUUAAAAAUUGGUAAUAAGUAUUUUCAGGUUCUUCAUGAAACAUCGAGGCAAUAUAAGAUACAAGGCUGGGACAAGCUUCUCGAUAUCAAAAUGAAUGAUGUUUACGAGAUUUCGAAUGUUUUAUCUGUCAACCUAUCGUCUACCACAGGGGUUGCCUCCGAGUUUACGGUUGAUUUACAGGGUGGUAUGAUGUUAAUUUUCUGCAGUUCAAAAUAUUUGGAGAUUGUGAAAAUGUUUUACUACGCCUUAGAUAGACUGGAAGAUGAAUAUGAAUACGAAGCACCGGAGCGGGUGCAAUUGAUAAGUGAAUCUUCCAAUGAUACUAAUCUUACAGAACUGAAAGAGCGACGCCAGGUUAUAGGUCACCUUGUUUUGAUCGUCUGGGUUGGUUUACUGAACGAGGACGAGGCAAUCAAAGGCAUAUCUUACAAUUUGAUGGCUGCUCUUCAAGAUACAUUCAAUUUAAAAUGCGGAAUCAACUUGUGGCAAACACCAGAGGUUUUUGUUCCGUAUGAUUGUACAACAUUUCUUUCUGUGAUAUCCCGAUCCAUCGCCAAGUCUGCUCCCGAUCUAACAGUAUACAUUUGGAAGUAUAUGUUAGAGGGACUGGAAGGUAAAAUUAUACCACAUGAAUAUAUUCCACAGACGAUAGUAUGCUUAUCUGAUUGGAUACCAAAUCUUUACCAUCAUGUUUACAUGAUGGACGAUGAAGAAGGUCCUGAAAUUACGUCGCGUAUAAUUCGCUCAUUAAUUAGCCUAUCAAUUUCAAUUCCAGGUUUUACGACAAUUUACUUGCAACACAUGUGGGUUCUACUAGCUGUUGAUGGUAGCUUAACAUCAUUGAUUGUGGAGGAAGUGAUAAAUUAUGCUUUAGAUAGAGAUUCGGAGAAUCGUGAUUGGGAAAAGGCCAUUUGCCUGUUCAAUGGGUUGCCAACGGUUGAUGUCGCAUCCAAUAUUGUAGUAAGACUUAUGAAAAUGAUCAAAUCUUCUCUGCCAUCUUUUACGGCAGAAUCCUCCACUCAAAGCUGGUCAGAACUAACGAUAUUGGUCAAGACAAGUAUACCCCUAUUUUUUGAAUCAACGCUUUUAGCCCAAUUGUUCCUCCCUGAAACGCUAUUUAUCAUCUCUUUAUUAAUUGAUGUAGGGCCUACUGAAAUCCGUUCCUCUCUGCACGAAUUAUUGAUCAAUAUUUGCCAUUCCUUAAUCAUAAAUGAUGCACUCAAUGAUGACCAAAGAAAAGUUCUAAAUGAAGUCUGUGCAACUUUUUCACGACAAAUGUCAAAGUUUAUGUUUGGAUUUAGUCAAGAUAAAGGUCGUAUAUUACCGAGUUUUAACUCUUCCUCCUUUUCCAGCAAAUUUGCAGCGCUGGAGCAUUUCACCACUAAUAUUGUAUUAUUGAUGGACAGUUCUUCAAAAUCGGAAUCUUCACACUGGAAGACAAGAUUCAAAAAAUAUCUAAUAGAUGCCGUCUUUAAUACUGAUUCGUUCUUAUCAGCCCGAGCCAUGAUGAUUUUAGGUAUUUUGAGUGCCAGUUCAGUUUCAGAGGUUCUCUGCAGAAGCUUAUUGGGUGAAACCAUGAAAAUAACGGCUGUACCUCAGGUAAAUGAUGAGACGUUGUUUAUAUCUAUUGCCCACACUUUCACCUACGGAAAACUUGUCGAAGGCUUAGACCCAUCGUUAGACCUCAUGAAAGAAUUGUUUUGGUUAAGUACAUCUCUUUCAGAUUCAAUAAACUCCGUGGUCUUUGAGGGUGGAUUACUUUUCCUGACGAAUUGUUUGAAUCGCCUUUAUAAGGUUUAUUUUGAGAAUAAGGAGGAACAACGUCUGAUGUCUUCAAUUCUCAUGGAUUCCCGUCAAUUCGCGAGAUCGUUACUUGAUGCCCUGUCAGAAUACGGUGAGGCUGUUUGGACGGAGAAAAACUUCUCUCAUAAUUUAAUUGCAGUUAUUAGCAGAGGACUUUCCAUUCCUUUUGUGAAAGCCGAGGCACUGGAUUGUCUGAGCUCGUUUUUCAAAAAUGCUUACCGUGAACACCAACUCCAUCCGGAGUCCACUCAUUACUUAAGUCAUAUGUUCAUACUGUUUCUUUUCCAAUCCCCUGAUCAGUUUGCAGUGGUUUUGGAGGAAGUUGGGUUUGUAGACGAUGUCGUUGUUCUGAACGAGAAUUACAAUUUGCCCAAGAAGUUAGCUCUUUGGCUAAGCUCAGAUGAUGAAUGCUCAGGCAUAACUCUCUAUCAAAGUGCUCUAUUAUUCAAUAAAAGCAUCUCAGACGAGCCUUCAAAGUUGAGGUACGUGCUUGUGAUAAGAUAUUUAAUCAACAAGAAUUCAGUUUGUGUCUUCAAGAUAUAUGGUGUUAUUCGGGAGGAACUAAGGAGAAUAUCCAAUAUGGACAUGAACUCAGAUUGUGUUGCUGUAUCUUUCGAUAUCAUCAAAUUAUUGGUGAAGUAUUCAGAGUUUAAUGACUUGAUAAAAUACAAUGAGAGAAGUCUGAGAGAUAUCAAAAAAAGGGGAUUGGGUCCAAUUAUGAAUAUCAGGAUUUUUGAUCCAACAUAUGGAAAUUCACUCACAGCCUUUGCAGAUCAUGAAGGAGUAAUUUAUCAAAAAAAGAAAAUACUCACGAUGAUUUUGUGCAGAAUGACAUGUUAUAUAUAA